GGGAACCUGCUGCAUUCAGUAGCCGAAUGAGAACUCGUUUUGAUCCCUGACUGAUUUUGUUAGAUCGAGAUCUUACUGGAAUAUAGAGUUCGUUCUCUGCGCAAAUCAUGUAGUAAGAGCGCAGGUGCUGCAGCUGUGGUUUUAUUGCAGUUAUAUAAGCGCUUUGGGUGACUGCAGCCCAUGCGACUUUCACAGCGAACCGUCAUAAGUUGAACAGACAUCGUGCUAGGCGAUGUAGACGCGUUGCGGAGGACGAAAACUUCAAGAAUUUACUGUAUUUUUGACAUAAAGUCAAUCAUGGAUGUCAGAAAGUCGUUCACGUGUGUUUUCUUUUGCGUGUUUCUGUCGGCUGGAGACGCGCAGGAGUCGAAACCUCAUUCAGUUCUGAACUGCUGUGAGGGGGAUGUCCUGUUCCUCCUUGAUUCUUCGGGAAGCGUGGCCUCCUACGAGUUCUCCCGUAUGGUGGAUUUCCUAUCCGACCUCCUGUCACCUUUCUCGCUGGGACCGGAUGAGGUGAGGGUGGGGCUGCUGCAGGUCGGGACCGAGCCGCAUCUUGAGUUCGGUUUUGACGCUUACAGGAGCCAAGCUGGACUUCAGGCGGCUUUAAAGAGGACUAAACAGCUAAAGGGGGAUACCAACACCGUAGAUGCUCUGCUGAUGGCCAGGGAUGGAGUGUUAAAACAGGGCGUGCCUGGAGGCGCCAGACCGGAGCUGCCCAGGGUUCUGGUGUGGCUGACGGAUGGCGUGGAUCCGGGAGAGGUGCAGGAGCCGAUGGCCCGGCUGAAAGAGGAGGGCGUGGCUGUUCUGGUGGUCUCCACCGGUCAUGGGAACUACCAGGUGCUGAGAGAUGUCGUAAGCCCGCAAGCGGAGGAUCACCUGUUCUUUGUGGAUAUCGAUGACAUAAAUAUCAUCACAGAAGAUUUGAGAAAUUCCAUUAUUGAGAUUAUUCGCGCCAAGCGGUUACAAGUGAAGUCGGUCACCACUACUUCAGCUGUUUUGGAAUGGAGACCUGUGUUGGCUGGCAUCAGCCACUAUGAUAUCCAAUUUGGGCCCAUCCGAACGGGGGUGCCGGGCGGUGGGGGUGGAUCAGGCACUAGUCCUGGUACAGGCUUGGAACCCUUUAAAAAAAUUACACGUCCCGGAGACGCCAGCUCGGCCAACCUGAUUGGACUGCGUCCAGACACCACGUACACAGUGACUCUCACCCCAAAGUCUAACCUGGAGUUUCUGAACUCUCUUUCAGCCACUUUUACAACACAACCAGUAAAUCCCCCCCAGCCGGAGGUCCAGACUCUUUCUACGGUGACCGUGUCAGAUUCGACCUCUAACAGUGUACGUUUGAGUUGGGGUCCGCUGCUUCCUAACCUCAUUCAGGGUUACCAACUGGAAUAUUCAGCAUUGCCUACAGGACGACUCCAGGUUGUCACUGUCAGCAACCGACAGAACUCCACCCUCCUAACCAACCUUCAGCCUGACACUCAGUACCUGGUUACCGUGAGCGCGAGGCAAUUUUCUGGGAAAGAGAGAGCCAUGUCUGUUAAAGUCUGUACACAGGAGGAGUUGCCAGCUCUUUCUGAUCUGCAGCUGACCACAGUGGGCAACGAGUCUGUGCAGCUCCGCUGGAGAGGGAGCGCUGACGGUCUCCGUGGUUACUGGGUGACAUGGGGGGAGCGAGGACAUACCCAACGCUCCACUCUGUACUUACCACCCAACCUCCUGUCCACCACCCUCAACCACGUGCCCAGAAGCGCCCGGGUCUGUGUGUCACCGGUGUACCGGACAGCUCGUGGAGAGGGGAUCUGUUGCACUGCUUAGGUUCAGCCGCGGUGACAUGGAACUGUACAGCUUAUCCUCGCCAAACACUAAUGAAAGGGAUCAGUGAAGAACAGAAACUCUCCAUUCAUGGAGACAUGGAGGCCUGGAUGCUGAAACUGUCUUAACACUCAUCACCUGUAGAUGGUGAUCUUAAAACACAUCAAAUCAACAUGCACUGAAAACUGACACGCAAUAUGCUUAUAUGCUACAAAGACUGCGUCUGAAAGACAAGACCGUGUUGCAAGGAAUAUUAUGAGUUCAAAACCAGUUAUCGUAUUGAAGCUGUCAAGUUGGCCUUUUAGUGGUGGAAAAACAGAUCUACGUAAAAUCCUAGUGCAGUGUUUUGCACAUUAAUGUAAAUCUGAUUUAUUUUUCCUUUUUUUUACGCAGGGAAGAGUCAAAACAUAUAUAUUUUUUGUAAUUGACAAAAUGUCACAGAUACCCCAAAUACAGUUUAACUUGUUUUGGACCCAGAAACAUUCAAAAUAUUUAUGCAUAAGAAAUGUUAACAAUGUUGUUAUUAUGAGAGGUAGAGCACUUAACAGUAAACUAUUUUAAACAGUAGUUUGUAAAUACUUUGCAUACGCUUUUAAGUGAUAUUUAUCGAAGACAUAGCUGGUUACUGUAUUUUAUAGAAUUCUCGUGUAGUUUUACAUCUUUGAAAAGGGAACAAUAAGACGUGUUUAGAGGGAAAUCUAAAUACCUCAAUCACUGUUUUUCUUUAAGGUCAAUAAAUGUAUUGAUUAGUAAGCCUGUAACUCUUUACUGUACCAUACAUGUGCAUUUUAUAAGAAGUGAAAGAAUCUGGCAUAGAUCAUAAUCACAGUGGUUUAAGGAUUAAGACUUUGCAGAUGUUUGUUGCAGAUGUUUGGCUUUCAUACUACAUGCUUGAAAAUAAAGGUUACUAAAAGGUUCUUUGUCGGGCUGUAUGGGUUCAUAAUGAACCUUUUACAUCCACAGAAGCUUCUGUUGCACAAGUCUUCUAAUCAUCAUUUUUUUUCAAAGAGAUAUUUAUUUACUAUCCAACAUUUUGGUUCAUGUUUGCAUUAAUGGCAGGUUUUCUGGAUUAGGAAAAGGUGCUCGUGUAUUCCCAAUUUAGUUGCACGUCUUAAAAAUCACAGCUUUCAAGAUGUCUUGUUUCUAAAUAAAUAAUUUCUAUUUCA